AUGUCAUCCUCUUUUGAUUCAUUCACCCCUGAAGGAGAUCAAAAUGACCCCACAGUGCUGCAUGUCCAACACGAUCAUGUGUCACCUACCUCCCACCCUUUUGUUGAUGAUGGCUACACAGGUGAUGACUCGUCAUUCCCUGGAGAAACGCCAUUGCCACAAGAAAAUUUCUCCAAUGACAACAUGCAUUCUUCUGAGGGGUAUGGGUUUGGUUUGCCUUCUCCAAGUACUGAAUUUGCCUCACCUUUUGAGACUGAUGGUGGUGGUGGUGAUGGUGUUUUUGCUUCUGAUGGGCCAAUUCUGCCUGAACCCGGUGAAAUGCAGGAGUUAGGAGUCAAAUUCCGUGAGUGGCGCAGGCAAAAUGCCCUCCAUUUAGACGAAAAGGAGAAGAGAGAGAAGGAGAUGAGAAACCAGAUCAUCAAUGAAGCUGAAGAGUAUAUACGAGCUUUUUAUGAGAAGAGGCAGCAGAAUUGCGAAAAUAACAAAGCUCAGAACAGAGAAAGAGAGAAGCUGUACUUGGCCAAUCAAGAGAAGUUCCAUAAAGAGGCAGACAAACAUUACUGGAAAGCCAUUGCAGAGAUCAUUCCUCGAGAGGUGCCACUGAUCUUUCAAGGACGAGACAGCUUUUCUUGAAGCUGAAACAGAACCCUCCACCUCACAUGAUGCCUCCCCCUCCCACACCCGCCAAAGAUGGGAAGGAUGCAAAGGAUGCAAAGGAUGGGAAAGAUGCAAAGGAUGGGAAGGAUGGGAAAGAUAGCAAAGGUGAAAAUGAAGGGAAAGAUGCCAAGAAUGAGAAAACUCCCGCACCAACAUCUGCUACUGCAGCUGCAGCUGCCGAUGGAAACAAGCCUGCUUCACCC